GAAUAUACCUUGUCGCUUCCCAGCCACAAGCUCGGGGGACAGGGAGAUCGAGCCGUCCCAAAAACUAAUCAAAAUUCCACGGGGGCAUCAACGGCUCACCAACAUAAUGACAUGGUUCUGGAAAACAAGGAAGAUCGGAAUCCUUCUAGGUGUAGAAGUUCGUACUGCAAAGAGAAAUCUUCCAGCGGCUUCUGAAAUAAAUGUUGCGAGAUUCCCACACAACAGCCUUUAAAUCUCGUGAAUAUAGUUGCAAAAGUUGAGAUAAUAAAUGUCCGAACGAAAUUUCAUCGAGCCUGGAGAUGAUUUUAUUGAUGAGGGAGCAGACGUUGGAGACGAUGCAAGGAGCUCUCUCGCGUCGCUCACUUCAAGCAUCAUGAAGGGAGUGGAAGAGAAUGGAAGAACAUAUGCCGUGUAUGGCCAAGAAGAGUAUGGAAUGCCAAUGGACCAAGUGGAGAUGGACCGAAUCGACAUGGCGCAUGCAAAGUAUUUUAUGCUUCUUGAGAAGAAACGAUUCUUAGCACCUAUCGAUACAGAUGUCCAAAAGGUCCUAGAUCUUGGCACUGGAACUGGAAUUUGGAGUGUUGAUUUUGCUGAUGCUUAUCCAUCCGCUGAGGUCUUGGGGAUAGAUAUUGCUCCUAUACAACCCAGAUGGGCUCCGCCAAAUUGCCAAUUCCAAGUCGACGACAUCACUCAGCCUUGGACGUGGAAGAAAGAUACUUUUGAUUUUGUUUUCGCCAGAGAUUUACUUUUCUCAGUCAGAAACUGGCCGGAUCUGAUUUCUCAAUGCUAUGAUCACAUUAAACCAGGCGGUUGGGUAGAGUUCCAAUCCAUUCAUGGUGUUUUAGGCUGUGAUGAUGAUACAUUACCCCCUGGCAGUAAAUUCCGCGAAUAUGAUAAACACAUUAGAGCCGCAGCAGUUGCAUUUGGAACCCCUCUAGAAGAUCCGGCUUCGUUCAAAAAAUGGCUCGACGAAGCUGGGUUUGAAGCUGUUGUGGAAAAGAAAUACAAGAUCCCUUCAAAUCCAUGGCCCAAAGAUCCACGACUGAAGUUGAUCGGGGCUUUUGAACAGGAAAACUUCAUGACUGGACUCGAAGGUAUGAGUCUUCGUACUCUUAAUAAGCUUGGCUGGAGUCUAGAGGACAGCAAAUUAUUUCUUGGCGAAGUAAAGAAGGAAAUCAAAAACAGGAGAAAGCAUCCCUACUAUCCAUUCUACGUUGUAUAUGGCCGAAAGCCAAAACAGGAAAAUAAGAAAUAUAGUCCAUAAUAUUCUAGACAAAUGAAAUGAGGAUUUUAAUUCGACAGUGUUUACGAGGAAGCUAUGCGUGGUUGGUAAUGAAGAUCUGA